AUGACCGCCACCAAGUCCCAACCAUGGAAAGCCGCGUGGCCGCCAGCAGAGCAGCAGAACGCGUGUGAGGGCAUCGAAUACGGUGUUGAAAAGGGCGACACAGUUGUUGUUGACGGCACCGCUGCUAAUGUCAAACCUAAGGCUCAGCCGUGGAAGGCAGCUUGGCCACCCGCCGAGCAGAAGACAUGCCCCGGUGUCGAGUAUGGAGUUGCAAAGGGCGAGAUAGCUGUUGUCGAUGGCACUGCAGCUAAUGUCAAACCUGCUAAGAAAGAGCAGAAAUGA